UUUGCGUGUGCCCUGCGCAUUUUCAUUGCCCCCCCAAACGUAUCGCCGAAUAAACGCGCCGUGUGCGCGGCUUGGCGCAUCCUCUCUCUGUCGUGUCUCGCCGCGCUUUCCCAAGCCACGUUCUUUAACCAAUCUUCUUAACCGGGGGCCGUCCGCCGUUCGUCGCCUGUCUGUCAAAUUUCUCUCGUCCUACGAGAACGAAGUGGUGCCUGGCCGGCAUGCCGAAUGCAAUAACUAUUUACCGCGCUUCGUACGGGAUUCACGUAUAUCGCUCGCCCAUGCACGGACGAUCACGACGACGACGACGGCGACGACGAUGUUAACGUUCACGAUCUGCUCUUUUCCCGCUGUACGUCCUCCCGUCGUUCCUUUUUAUCCCGCGUGCAUCCUACGCACGAGGACGCGUGGACGCGUGUGACUUCCGAUCGUACGCGCGGGAAACGUUCCGACCCUAGAAUCCGUUGUUCUCAGUUUACGAAAUCCGUCCUGUACGCGUGAUAUCGUCAUCCUGGACUCGUCUUGUCUUCCACGAUUUACUCUUUCUCGGCCAACAAAGGUGAUGUAGAAAAAGAACUCGGGGCAUCAAAGACGACCAUCUGUUUCGACGGGGCAUUGCAAUAUAAGAGAGGACAACACAGGAGGCGAGUGAAAGGAAAUGGUAUCUUUGCCCAGCGCAGAGUCAGGCACAAUGGACAGAAUCUCAGAUGACGAUGACGACGAGCCGAGUAGUGGGUCCGAAACGUACGAGGAAGGGGACCUCCUUUCGGCUGCCAUGGAUGAUGACGUGACGGCCCAACUCGCCGCUGCAGGUUGGCAAAUCAAACACGCUAAUGGCCCUGUUGGCGUAGCCGCAGCCGCCGCCAUUGUCUCGGCAAAAAAGAGGAAACGACCGCAUAGUUUUGAAACAAAUCCCAGCAUCAGGAAGAGACAGCAAAACAGACUCCUAAGGAAACUCCGACAAACCAUAGACGAGUUUGCAACGCGGGUUGGACAGCAAGCAGUAGUAUUAGUAGCUACACCUGGAAAGCCAAACAGUAGUUAUAAAGUAUUCGGAGCGAAACCGUUAGAAGAUGUAGUGAAAAAUUUAAGGAACGUUAUAAUGGAAGAACUUGAAAGUGCACUCGCGCAACAAGCUCCGCCGCCGGUACAAGACGACCCAUCUUUAUACGAAUUACCGCCCCUUAUAAUAGAUGGCAUACCUACUCCUGUGGAAAAAAUGACACAAGCUCAACUUAGGGCGUUUAUCCCGUUAAUGCUGAAGUAUUCUACAGGUAGAGGUAAACCUGGCUGGGGGAGGGAUAGUACACGGCCGCCAUGGUGGCCGAAAGAACUACCAUGGGCAAACGUUCGUAUGGAUGCGAGGUCCGAGGAUGAAAAGCAAAAGAUCUCCUGGACGCACGCGUUAAGGCAAAUUGUAAUAAACUGUUAUAAAUUUCACGGGAGGGAAGAUCUUCUGCCUGCGUUUAGCGAAGACGACGACAAGUCGAACGUGCUGAUACAACAGUCCACUCCUCAUUCCUCGUCGCAUCAGUCGCAUUCGUCAGGGCAAGGGCAAGGUGGACAGUCGCAACAGCAACAACAGACGGUGGGAGUUGUUCGCCUGAGCAGCACGGAUUCAUCUAAGGGAAACUCUUCGCCAGCACAAAUCAUUGCCGCGUCUCCUACAGCUCUUGCCACUGCCACUCAGAUGACCCAGUAUCCAACGGCGGUUUUGCAAACGAUAACGAAUCCUGACGGUACUGUCUCCAUAAUUCAAGUGGAUCCCAGUAACCCGAUAAUCACGUUACCGGACGGCACAACGGCCCAAGUCCAAGGCGUUGCUACUAAUAUCUAUGAUGAACAGAUUCACACGAGUCAAGGGGAGGUUCAAGCUCUCGCCGAAGUGGCAGGUAGCACAGAGGGUACCAGCGUCGCUGUCGACCUGAACAGCGUCACAGAAGCGACAUUAGGUCAAGACGGUCAAAUCAUUCUCACAGGAGAAGACGGACACGGCUAUCCUGUAUCGGUGUCGGGAGUAAUAACAGUACCGGUAUCCGCUAGUAUGUAUCAGACUAUGGUUGCCAAUAUACAAAGUGACGGUACGAUGCAAGUUGUGACGCCCAUGGUUCAAGUCCCGAAAGUCGAGCCUGGAAAUGGAGAGACUAGCAUCGAGGCCGUCACUAUACAGGGUCAUCCAAUGACAAUGAUAAACGCAGCGGGUGAACACCAAGUUCUUCAAGUGAUAUCGUUGAAGGAUGCUAACGUACUCACGAAGGCCAUGCAGGCCGAAGUUGUAAAAGACGAGGACAGUCAACAACAACAAACCGUCUCUAGUCCAGAAUAAAGCGUUUUACCCAUAGUUAAUACGAAAGAAAGAGAGAGAGAGAGAAAAAAAAAAAAGCUUUUAACGUUCAACACCAAAAAAUGCGACGGGUGCACAUUUAGUGGUGUUCAAAAUGAGAAAAGAGUGAGAGUAUUAGAAACGAUACGUGUUAUUAAUAUUAAGGGAAAAAUGAUUGUGUCUGUUUUUUUCUUUUUCUGAAUCAUUGUGUAGCGUGUCCAGGUUGCUGGGAACAGCGAACCGGAAUAGCGAAUAUAUGCGUCUGAGAGUGAAUAUUGGGAUCGAGUGUUUGGACACAUCGGACUUUCUUGGAUGUAAUCAUAUUUGUAUUCAAGACUCAUUGUAGACACUUAGAGUAUUCACUUGUAAUUCGAUUUCUCGAAGAUAGUACUAAUUUUUAGGAAGUGCUACACGCCGCGCUCGGCGAACCCGAGUCGCUCGAGUUUACGCGCAGAUCUUCAUUGAUACGUUCGUAGUUACACAAAAUGUCCGUGGACUGGGAACGAUCACCAAUCUUCGUAAUCCAGUGACUCUCCGCGGAUAACGAAAUAUUUUCGUCUAGUCCUUAGUAUCGGAUCCUAACGAGCGAUCGAUAUACCAAAGAAUUUAAGAUUCGUGUUAAAA